ACUUCAGCAUUUCCUCAUACUUGCGUAAUACCUGGCAGACACUGAAGCGUUUCAGUACUUAAUGCAGUUCCAUUUUUCCUUUAAACAUCACAAGUGAGCACAGAUCACUAUGGACCGCCUGAGCCUGUUUAGGACCAUCCUGCUUGUGUACGGACUUGUAUGCAUCAAUGAUGCAUAUUCUGAGAAGACAUUAAAGAUAAACAUUCAAGCCUCUCCAAAAACAACCACUCCAGCAUCCAAUGCCACUACAACCCCUGCAACAACAAACACAACCACUCCAGCAUCCAAUGCCACUACAACCCCUGCAACAACAAACACAACCACUCCAGCAUCCAAUGCCACUACAACCCCUGCAACAACAAACACAACCACUCCAGCAUCCAAUGCCACUACAACCCCUGCAACAACAAACACAACCACUCCAGCAUCCAAUGCCACUACAACCCCUGCAACAACAAACACAACCACUCCAGCAUCCAAUGCCACUACGACUCAUGCAACAACAAAUACAACCACUGCAGCAUCCAGUACCACAACCAUCCACUCAACACCUACACCGACAUUGGAACCAAAACCUUCUCCACCUGAAACUGGCAACUACAUAGUGGGAAAUGAACAAGAGGUUUGCAUCAAAGCCAUGAUGGGUCUAGAACUAGAGCUGACAAAUUCUUCAAAGACACAACAGUACUUUAAUAUUAUACCAACAAAAACAGGCUUCAAUGGGACAUGUGCUAAGUCAACGGCAAAUCUAAACCUGACAUUUGCAAACGGGUUUAUCAACUUUGUUUUUACACAGGAUGAACAUUAUUACUACCUUGAUGGUGUAAAUGUGUCUUUUCUCACACAAUCAGAAUCUUGGCGUGGUACCGCUUCUAAUCAAAAAUUAUUACAAACAGAGAAGGGCUACUCUGUAAAGUGUAAAAACACUCCCAAAAUUCAGCUGGGUGACACCAUUAACCUUGUGAUGACUAAUGUAACACUUCAAGCUUUUAACAUUAAAGAUAAAGAUUUUGGAAAAGAAAAAGAAUGUUACCCAGACAGAAGCCACAAAUUAAUCCCCUUGGCUGUGACACUGGCGGUUGUGGGAUUGAUUAUUAUAAUCCUGCUCGUGGUUUUCAUUUCAAGAAGACAAAGGAAUUUAGGAUAUCAACGGAUCUAACGCAAGACAAUGAAUAUUCUCUCUUUGUUUUAUCUAGAACCAGAAUCUCAUUACUAUAUAGUGUAAAAAUAGGCCCACAUGAUAUGCUUCCAUCAUAAACACUUUCCCUAUUAAAAAAUAUAAUGGGGCUUCACAGCAGCCACAUUUCCUCCACGCUAGUCAAUAUAUCUAGAUAUAUGAUGAGGGAAAAACUUGGUCACCCACACUUUGGACCUUUAAAGUAAUUAUAAUUGAAAGGGGUUGUUCACCUUCCAAACACCUUUUUUCAGUUAAGUUG